AUAUAUCGGAUGAUCAAAGGGUUGGCUAAAGCCCGAAUGAAUUCCGGAGGGUUGGCCACAAGUUGACGUCCACUGGGAACCCGGGGCACUGGAACUAAGUAAAGAAAGUCUCUGUUAGUCCAAAAACCCGUCUUACAGCAUUUUGUCUGUCAGAGUUGCGCAAUAAUCCUAUCCUGUUCCGGAUUUACCGUCAGUUUCGCCGAGCAGUGAUUUGUUCUUAAUCAAGUAGCUCGCUUUGGAAUAAACACGGAGGCUGAAUGUGUUUUAUUACUACAAGUUAACAAAGCGCACAGCAAAAAGCAACGAAUACUCCAAAUGAGAGAGUUUAUAGAUUGGCAUUCCGUCCCCGCUGUUUUGAUUAAUGCGACCCCACUUGGAUCUCUACUAGACGUACCAGACAUUCCUUUAACAGAAUAUUUUCCCAGAAAUGUAUAUCACUACAGCACUGAGCCCACAUAACUGACCAAAACUCUCAUGUAAAGCCCGAGGAUGUCAACACUCUUACUUUUGUUGGCAUAUUUUGUAAAAAUAAUCCAAGACGCCCUGUCCUUACAGGUUGUGUACAGUCUAAAAGAUGAAACACCUGCAGAUUCAUUCGUUGGAAACCUGGCCGAAAGCCUACAGUAUGACUACAAGGAUUCCCUCGCUUUCGUUUUAAUGACAUCAAAGAAGUUCCGAUACUUCAGCGAUUUCUUUCGUGUUUCACAUAACGGAGAUCUGCACACACUCAGACGUAUUGAUCGCGACAACACAAACGAAAUAUGUGGGCCCCUGGCUUGUUGCCUGCUUCCAGUUUGUACUCUACAAGCCAAUAUUAUCGCCAACGUGUUGACUGACACACACAUGGGUGAUAAAACUGCUAUAGCAGCGGAACGGAAGAAGUGGUUUACAGGACUAACCGAUAACCAGUUAGAAAUCGAUCUGGUUAUUCGCAUCAAUGAUGUUAACGACAACGCACCACAGUUCGAGCCAUCCAGUUAUGCCACAACUUUUGCCGCCGACACAACCCGUCAACAGUCCAAUGUUUUUCACAUAUAUAUACGUGAAGGAGAGGCGACCAGCUCAGAAACCUUACCUAUUGCGUUUGAUGCAGAUUCACAACCAAAUGGUGUAGUGGAAUAUAGAUUAAUUCAAACAAUCAACAUGCUGUUUCCUGAAUCACCUCCGAGCUUGAAUAUAAGCGUAGCUCCAUCAUCCGUGAGGCAACCACGAGACGAAAUAAAAUUGAAGAUGGAAGGUGUCCCAAUAUUAACCCCGAAGCUGAUUCAAACAAGGUCCUUAGAUUUUGAGACACCCAGUGACCGUGAACUUCAUGCACUGCUGCUAGCAGUAGACGGUGGCGAUCCACAACUAACCGGAACUUUGUCAAUUGUUGUUAACUUACUAGACAUAAAUGACAAUUCUCCGGUUUUUGUACAUCCCGAUGAAGAUCUUUAUGUGACUGUUCCGGAAAACUCCACCCUCAAAGGAGAGUCGAUUUUUGUGAUAAAGGCGACUGAUGCGGACUCAGGAGAUAAUGGUAAAGUUACGUAUAUGCUGAGUCCAUUGGCGGGAGUAGAUGUUGCUCGAAAGUUUUCCGUUGACUCCUCAACAGGCGAUAUACGGAUCAGACACCCUCUGGAUUAUGAAAUCUACUCAGAACGCCAUUUUGUUCUACCAUUAAUUGCGAAAGACUCCGGAAGUCCGCAGAGGUCUUGCACAGCAUCGAUUUUCAUCAAGGUCCAAGAUGUGAAUGAUAAUGUGCCUAGCUUGGUUGUUCAGGAAAACGUCACUGUUCCAGAAGGCGAAUUUCUGACCAAACCAGUACUCAAGUUCUACAUUAAGGACGAAGACGAGGCCUCCCAUGGAAAAGUUAAAUGUGAGCUGAGCGCCACCAACGAAGAUCAGAACACGGAUCCAGAGCUGAUGGCUGGUUCGCGGUUUUUACGACUUCACGGAGUUUCGGAUACCGUCUUUUUCGUGUUCCUAAAACAUUUGAUGGACUAUGAAGAAACUCCAAGAGCAAGUCUGCUCCUUGUUUGCGUGGAUUUAGCCGAUGUCGGGGAAAGCGAAUCAGGACCCCACCAUGCUCCCAAUAAUCAGCUUAUUCGUAUCACCGUUGCGGUCAAGGACAAGAAUGAUAAUGCCCCGCGGUUUGUCGAAGAGAAGUACUUUGUAAAAAUGGCAGAACAUGCCCCACAAGGUGCCUUGGUUACAAUCGUCCAGGCAACUGAUGCUGAUAGCGACGAAUUCGGUAGUCUAGUGUAUAGCCUUGGCUCGGUGUCGAUGGGCCAAGCGACAAUCAUGCCACUGCCUCCUACUCAACAUAUGUUUCGAGUUGAUCCUACAACGGGAAGAAUAGACGUGCUACAUUCUGCCUCACUCGACAGGGAGCUAGCAGAAUUGAUUUACGUUAAGGUAGUGGCCAGCGACAAGGGAGGAUUGUCCACUACGGCUGAGUUAGUCAUUGCGUUAAGCGAUAUUAAUGACAUGGCCCCAACUCUGUCUGGUCCCAAGGAAUUCCGUCUCAGGGAAAAUCAACGUGUAGACACAAUAAUUGGACAUGUACGCUUUGUUGAUAGGGAUGUGGGCCGAAACGCACGAAUUCGUUUGGCGCCACGGUUAAGGUACGAUAAUAUAUUUGACAAGUACGUCCGCCUGGUAGCGGAUCCCAAAUUUCAGUAUGUUACACCAACCAAUAGAUCCACAAAUCAGCAUGAUCUCACCGGAGAUGGUGAAGUACGCGCUAUAUUGGUCAGUCAGAUGCCUGUGGAUCGUGAAACAUAUGCUGCACUAUUUCUCGAGGUGGUCGCAUCUGAUGAAGGAGAUCCAGCGAACACCGCCGUAGUCACAAUAACCAUACAUGUGGACGAUGAGAACGACAAUGCCCCAGUUCCCAUAUUUCCGUUACCUGACACCACGAUCGGUUACCACCCGCCUGUACACAGUAACACACCGUUUGGCACAGUGGUAACGAGACUUCGGGCAGUCGAUGCAGACCAGGCGGAAAAUGGAACUGUUCUAUUUCGUAUCAAUCCCGGAACCAAUGGAAGUAAACUGUUUAAUCUCAACACCACAUCAGGUGAGCUAACCACUGCCUGGGUACUUGAUCAGAUGUUGCAAAGGAAACAGCGUAUAAGCAGAAUGGAAGAAGCUGCUGGUAGCCCAUUGAACAAACCUGUGCCUGGGGUGUACCUAUUGGAGGUAAUGUUAACAGACAAAGGUGUUCCAGCCAACACAUUCCUUAACCGAUUUUACGUUAAUAUUGAUCCUCCAGACUUAGCUGAUGGGGAACGUAUAGCAGACAAUCGGUUCGUUGGCGUCCAGCACAACCCACUUCCUCGAGUAAACAUUUCAACUAACUAUGUGCUGUGGGCUAUUGUAUUGUUAUUGAGUCUAUUCGUCGUCUGCACAGGUAUGGCCAUUAUAUUCUGGAUCCGGGUAUGCAAGCGAGCAAAGAGGAUGCGGCCUAUUAAACAUAGCUUCCCUAUUCCCAUUGAGGGCAACCAAAUAACAGGACCUCAGGAUCUUUGUGGAAUACGUACUACGUUGCCUUACAGCUUUGAUACGAAGGAUACAAUUCUAGGACCAACAGCUACAGAAUUCUACUCUUUUCCACAGAGUUUCGAACAUGCUUACGGUACUGCAGCCAACGCGCAAUCCUUCAACUCAUCACUAGACGGUUCUUUAAAGAGGCAGUCUCGUAAUGCUCUUAGUUUGUUUACCUCUGGGGUUCCUACAUUUGAGGCUGAUCCUAUUGAGACUCACCUGGUUCAUGAGGAGUGCACAUCAAACACGAUUUUCAACAACAAAUACCGUUCAGCCUACUCAACAAGCAAUAUAGCGGUGACUACAUCAUGCGACAUAUUCGUCAAUAAUUCAGAAAUCUCAACGGAUACAGCUAAAUACCGUGAUUUCAUAGCGAUUAAUACAUUCCCUAAUGGAUACACUGCCUCUCCGAUGAGUUUUGGUGAUUCAGUCCAGUUAUCCACGAUGCUGAAUACACCGUCAAAGCACAACGGGCAGUACAUUUUAAACUCAGGUGCGGAAACAACUGGUUUACCACGAACAACUAAUUUUCUCCGCUCUCCCGUGCACCCCAUACGUUGUACGGCCAACUUCAACUGUUCAUCCAGAGAUCAUUUCUGUUCAAGAUCCAACCUCAGUUCCAUGCCUAUGUACGACAAUCACUGCAUAUGAUCAGAGAGUGGAGUUCCGCAACUCAAACAUGGGCAUAACCAGAAGGAUCACCCAAUCCUAUGCAUCCAACGUAUAAACGGUGAGUUGGUCACCAACAAAACACCGAAUCUGCGAGAAUUACGAUGACCGCUGAGCCACACGUCAGCCUGUCCAAAAUGAAGAACGUAUUUUUCAGGCAUUUAUCGCCCCUAUCCUCUUCUGUUAAUCACCACUGAAGGUGUGAAAUUCAAGUUUUCCCACCUUUUGUUUUAACAGUACGUUUACCUUAGUAAUCUACAAUGAUUUUAUGCGAU